ACAAAUGCAACUCUACGUUUUGCGGAAGAAUUUGUUGAAAUGUCAAAGGACCGCUAUAUUUUUUAGCAUUUUUGUGUUUUCAUAUCGCUUUAAUAUUUGCAGAAUUUGUAAAUAAUUUUUACCAACUACGGCUUAAAAUAUGGAAGGGCUUUUAGGACGCAGCCAAUUUCUAGGCGAAGCAGUGAACCUUUUCACGGAUGAGAAAACUGCAAAUGCGCGUAGCAAGGUAAUCGAAUGGCUCAAUGAGGUGCCCAAUGCUGAAUCUGGGACGAAGUGUGACUUGUUGGUUAAAGUUCAGGAAAUGAUUUUAGGAUCUAGCGUGGAGCUAUUGGAAGAGUUUUUGGAAAACAUUCUCUCAUUAGCACACGAUGGCAAUGCGGAUGUUCGCAAACAAAUAGUUUGUUUUAUUGAACAAAUUUGUAAAGUGAAAGUGGAGUUCCUACCACAAGUUAUAAGUAUUAUUUCGAUGCUCUUACGCGAUCGUUCACCACAGGUAAUUAAACGUGUUAUCCAAGCGUGUGGUAGUGUAUAUAAAAAUGGAUUGCAAUGGAUUUGCGCCAUGAAUGAAAUUUUGGACAGUGCUGAACAAGCUUGGAAUGUACUGAGUUUAGUAAAGGCUCAAAUUUUGGAUCUAAUAGAUAAUGAGAAUGAUGGUAUACGUACCAAUGCAAUUAAAUUUUUAGAAGGUGUUGUAGUUCUGCAAAGUUAUCCAGAUGAGGACAGUCAAAAGAAAGAUAACGACUUUUCACUGCAAGAUGUGCCUGCGAAUUUUAAGCUAGUAAAACGGCAAAAGUUGGAGGAAGAAGCAUUGAAUAUAUUUGAUAUACUAUUGAAAUUUCAUGCUGCCACACAUAUUUCUUCGGUAAACCUUAUAACUUGCACUGGCAGUCUUUGCACAAUUGCAAAAUUGCGUCCGAGUCUUAUGGGACCGGUUGUAGAAGCCUUCAAACAACUUAACUCAAAUCUGCCGCCAACACUAACAGAUUCACAAGCUAGCUCAGUAAGAAAAAGCUUAAAGAUGCAGCUAAUAGCAUUAUUGAAAAAUCGUGGCUCUUUCGAGUAUCAAUCAACAAUCCGACACAUGUUGAUAGAUUUGGGUGCAUCGCAAGGUGAAAUACAACGCGCCAUACCUAAAAUGGACAAACAAGAACAAACGCGACGACAAAAACGCAUAUUGGAGAGUGCGGCUAGUAAUCUCAAUAAGAAAAUGCGACUAGACUCAAUAAAUAGGCAACAGGAGCGUAGAGGUAAGUCUGGAUUGGACGAUGAGAUCGCAAAGGAUACAGAGAUGGAAGUCGACGAAGAGGAGAUGGAGAAGCAGCGUCAACGUUGUAUUCGUGUAAACGAGAAAUUUUUGGCAGAACAAUUACGUACCUCGGAUGUGGCAGUUAACCUGGUUGUGGAGUUCUUACCAAAGUUGCCAGACGAAGCACCAGAUCAUUUCAUUAACGAAUAUACACCGAUACGCGAUAUGUCUAUACAACAGCAGGUUGUGAAAAUAGCAAAAGUGCUCGGCGAACAAAUGACUGCACAGAAAAUCGGACCAGGCGCGGCAGCCUUCAGCAAGGAUAUGCCAAUGAGACCACGAAGGAUAGAAGCCAUGGAUACAAGUGAAAGUGUUAGCGAUCAACCAGUAGACGAAGAUCAAGCACGAAAAGACGAGGCGACAAAGAAAUUACGUGAGAAUAUGGAGAGAGUUAAGGGCGAACAGGAGUUGAUUGAACGCAUGAAAAUGCGUGCCAAAACUCUUAAAUUGCAAGAAGUUACUAAACCAUUUCCACGACCUAUUAAGGAGAAGUUUCUUUUAGACGCAGUAAAACGGAUUUUGCAAUCGGAACGUCAGUGUAUUGUAGGUGGCGUAUCAGCGAAGCGUCGUAAAAUACUCACAGUCAUGGCAGCAACAUUUCCCGAUAAGGUGCGCUAUUUCAUUUUUGACUUUAUUAUGCUGGAUGUGAGACAGCGUAUUGAUUUGGCAUUUUCAUGGUUGUAUGAAGAAUAUUGCCUGUUACAAGGUUUCACUCGUCACUCAUAUGUGAAAUCCGAAAAUCGUCCAGACUAUGCCUACAGCGAGCUAUUGAGUCAACUGAUUAGGGGCGUGCGCGAAAAUUGUGAAUUGAAAGAUAAAAUUUUAUUGAUGCGACGUAUAUUUCUUGAGGCGCCAUUGUUGCCUGAUGAUGCGCUCAAUCAAUUGGUGGAGAUGUGUUUCUCUGAGGAAUUUGUCAAUCCUGGUGUAGAUUUAUUGAAGGAUUUGACUGUGAUGCGGCCACCACGCAAGAAUAAACUUAUAAAAGUGCUACUAACAUUCUGCGUACACGAACGCACAGAUUUACGUGAACGAGCGCUUGAGCAUAUUGUAGCGUUGUACAAUAAACACAAAGUACUGCCCAAUCGCAUUGAGGAAUCCGCUUUGGAAUGGGCAAAUCAUUUGGAGAAAGAAGUGCCACCAGCAAGCAUUUUCGCGGAAGAAUUUGGUCGACCUGAGGUCGAAGUAGCGUGGAAAGAGGAGACCGCCAGGACAUGUAUGACCUUGUUACUGACCUUACUGCCGUAUAAACCGCAAGUUUUUCUUGAGAAACUUUGCAAAAUCUACACUACUACCGGCGCUGAUUUAAAACGCACCAUUUUGCGUACCAUCGAUCCGACUAUAAAGAAAAUGGGCGCUGAAGACGCCACGCUACUUAAGUUUAUCGAAGAUUGCCCUAAAGGCACAGAAACGCUAAUUAUCCGCAUCAUUCAUUUGCUAACCGAGCGUGUUGCCACACCUAAUGCGGAACUGGUAAAUCGUGUGCGUGAAUUAUAUGCAAAUAAAAUCAAAGACGUUCGUGUGCUCAUACCUGUCCUUAGUGGUCUGUCGCGACAAGAGAUUUUGAAUGCGCUACCUAAGUUGUUGAAACUUAAUCAAAUUGUCGUCAAGGAGGUUUUCAAUCGCUUACUUGGCAUAGGAGCGGAGUUCGCUAAUCAAACAAUGGCCGCCACACCCACUGAUAUACUAGUCGCUCUACACACUAUAGAUCCCAAUGCGUGUGAUUUGAAAGCAGUCGUUAAAGCCACUUCAAUUUGUUUGACUGAGAAAGAAGUUUUCACACAGGAUGUACUCAUUGGCGUACUGCAACAAUUGGUUGAAGUAGUUCCUAUACCUACGCUGCUUAUGCGAACUAUUAUCCAAAGUAUCACAUUGUAUCCACGCUUAACGAAUUUUGUAUUAAAUCUUCUACAACGGCUCAUAUUGAAACAAGUGUGGCGUCAAAAAGUGAUUUGGGAAGGUUUCCUUAAAUGUUGUCAAAGACUGAAACCACAAUCUUUGCCUGUACUAUUGCAUUUGCCACAUCAGCAACUUGUAAGUGCUCUGGAACAAUGCCCAGACUUGAGACAACCAUUAUUCGAAUACGCGCAGAGCAUUCAAGAGGAACCAAUGAGCGGCAUUACACCUCAAUUGCUAGAUAUUAUAUCCGGAAAGACGGUCGAUGUAUUCAUUGCGGAUGAGAGUGGCGGUUAUAUCACUGUCGAUCAAAUCAAAAAAGAAGUUGAGGACCCCGCCGAAAUCGGAGUUAUAUCCACCGUACCUAUUGCACCUGUGCCAGCGCCAAUUCCAGCAGCUAUACCAACACUUGGUGGCAUUAACACACCUAUUCAGCCCACCGCUGCACAACCAUUGCCACCGGGCGAAGAUUAGAUGACCAUGUCAUUCAUCUAAUUCCAAGUACAUACAUAGAAUAGAAAAUACUUUUUUAAAAUUGAAAAUGCUUAUAGCUUGUAAUCGUAAUAUUGUUUGCUUAUUUCAUAAUAAAAGUGUUUUGUUUCUAUUCCUCAAACGGA